GCCGGGUCUAUAUGAAGGGAGGGGGCAGUGGGGACUCUUACCCUGUGGGUCCGGCCAAGUUUACAGAGGUGGUUUCUCACGCCAUAACCUCCGUGAGUGGAGUCUGACGCCAUGGUGCAGCUCUCGCCCUCCAGCCCCAAAGAUGGGGAGAGGCAAAUGGAGAACAUCUCAGAGGAUUACAGACAUCGCUGCCAGCAAGCCCUUAGCCCCCUGCAGUCCUCCCUCCUAUCCACCACCCCUUUCCAAGCCUACGAAACCUACAUCGACAAUGGUUUAAUCUGUUUAAAGCACAAGAUCCGGAACAUUGAGAAAAAAAAGGUUAAACUUGAUGAUUACAGAGAUCGCUUAAGCAGUGGAGAGGCCCUCAAUCAAGACCAGCAGGAAGCAGUUGAAAAGUAUGAAGAGGUCGUUCAUAACUUGGAUUUUGCCAGAGAGCUUCAAAAAACCUUUUCUGCACUGAGCCAAGAUCUCUUAAAAGCCCAGAAGAAAGCCCUGAGGCGGGAACACUUGCUAAAGGUCGAAGCGGAGAAGAAGCGAUUGAAGGCAAUCCUUCAGGUUCAGUACAUGCUUCACGCCUUGUGCCAAGAUCACGUCCAGAAAGACUUCAAGGAAGGAUCGAAUGGAGCCGUGUCUCUCUCUCCCAAAGAUACGGACCACCUUGUGAAGUUUGCCAAGUUAACCUGCCAAAAGCGGUACCCCCACAUGAGUCUUGAAGACCAGAUGGACCAGGCUUCAAUCUGCCUCUGGAACCUCUUUGAAAGCAGUGAAAAAACAGUGGCCGGUACCAGCUAUAAAUAUUUAAAAGAAUUGGUGACCAAGCUUCUGGACUGCGGCUAUUUUGAGAAUGUUCCAGAGGCCCCUGUAGAGAAGGCUAAAGAAAAACAUAUUCCAGAAGUGCUUCCAACAAAGGUUGAAGCUGGGAACAGUGUGACAAAAGAACCAGAGCCACUUAAGGAAUAUGCAAAAUGUGCCAGUCACCCCAAAGAGCUCCCUGUUAGACACUUUGUAGCUAUAGCCCCAAAACCAGAGGCAGUGAAGCAAAACACGGAGGAAUAUAAAGCAAUCAACGCUAAAUAUUGCCGUCCAGAAGCUUUGAAGCCCUGGGGAAUGUCUCUUGAGAUCAGACAUCCAGAACCAAGAAGACCCAACCCUACUCCAGUGCUAACCCCUCUGAUCAAGCCCUGGGAAGUUAUGCCACCCAGGCUGAAGAAAUGUGACCCUGAUCCAAAAGAGAGGCGAGAGCGUGUACCAAAGUUUCCUUCUGAGGUGAAACCAGUUGUACCAAAGUUUCCUUCUGAGGUGAAACCAGUUGCUUCCAUAAAGCUGCUCAGUAAAGGUCUUAAGGAUUUGAAACUCCCCAAUGCUGUAAAUGGGCAACUUCCAGUAAAGAGACAGGAAGCUCCUCCCACCAUUGUGGCUAAUGGGCAGCCGCCUCCACCAGUGAGCAGUACUCAGCCCCACAAGGUACCACUGCUGGCUUUGGACGAGUUCUGCUCCUCUCCAACCCUCCCAAAAGAUCCCGAGUUGAGGAAGCAAAGACUGGAAGACCUUAUAGACCAGAUAAAAGGAACAUACAACUUCAUGCAGGAUUCCAUGUUGGAUUUUGACUUGUCGUCUCCAAGGCUCAUCUCUUCUAAGCUCCCCUGUGAAACUACUUCUGUAGUUUCUUCUGAAACAAAACAAGAUGAAACUGACCCAGUUCUACAGCUGGAGGAGGUUUCCCCUGUAUCCCUGGACACAAAGGAGGAUGGAGUUGCCUGUGAGAUGCUAUCAGAAUCGGCCAUUUCUGAACCAUUGGCCCCGACUCCACUAAAGGAAAAUCUACCGGUUAAUACAUCUGAUGAGGAGCAGAGUUGCCCCAUUGAGCAGAUGGCUGAGGCCAGACAAGACCUUCCUGAGACCCUACCUGAAAGGAACAAUACUCCACUCCCUAUGGGUAGCGACCAGCUACCCUCGCCCAAGACUCCCACCCACACAUCUGUUCUGCAGUUACAGCAGCAAUGCCCACCUCUGUCCCCCAGAUCUACACCGGUAUCAAUGAGCUCUCCUUUCCAAGGGAUGCAGACUGUCUUUAAAGUUAAUGCCCCUCUGCCCCUACACAAAGAGCAAGAGCUGAAGGUCGAGGCUCCAUAUUCCACGGGUUACCACCAAACCUUCACUACAGCAAGUACCCAAACGCUGCCUCACUGCAUGUUGGACACCAGCUUUGGGGAUCAGAACUCUCUCAUACAAGAACCUCUACCAGGAAGCCCAUAUCCAUCAACCGGAAUUCAGGUGAAUGGGAGCCUUCCAUGUUACACAUCCAGUCCGAACCUCCUGCCAAGGAUGACCCCACCUUUUGUUAGCAGCCGGGGGACUAUCAGAGGAACAAGCAGAGGAAGAGUAAUGACGAAUGGGUAUCGUUGCCCAACUGGGUAUAAAGGUCCGGAGAGUUACAGAGGGGCUCAGUGCAUAAACAAUGGAAGCUUUGCUCAUGGUCAGUGCCCAGGCCGGGAGUACCCGGCUACACAGUUUAUACCCAGGGAUGGAAGCUCAACUCUAUUCCAUAAACGGGGAACCAAUACUAUAACCCGAAUGAAUUCAAGAGGCUUUAGCGAAUCUCCUCAGAUGAACAGCCCAGACAAGGAAGACAGCUUCAACAGCACAGAUUCGGGGCAUGGUGAAACGCGUAGCCUCAGUUCGCUGGAUAUGUCUAUGACAAACCAAGCGGCCACCAUCUUGCCGGUCCAUGUCUAUCCUCUCCCUCAGCAAAUGCGAGUGGCUUUCUCUGCAGCCAGGACGUCCAACUUUGCCCCGGGCACUCUAGAUCAGCCGAUUGUGUUUGACCUGUUGCUAAACAACCUCGGCGACACGUUCGACUUCCAGGGUGGGCGUUUCAUGUGUCCAGUGAAUGGAACCUAUGUCUUCAUCUUCCACAUGCUAAAGCUAGCGGUGAAUGUCCCGCUGUAUGUCAACCUCAUGAAGAACGAGGAGGUGCUUGUGUCUGCUUACGCCAAUGAUGGAGCCCCAGACCACGAGACUGCAAGCAACCAUGCUGUCCUACAGCUCUUCCAGGGAGACCAGAUAUGGCUUCGCCUACACAGGGGAGCGAUUUAUGGCAGCAGUUGGAAAUACUCCACAUUUUCUGGCUACCUUCUGUACCAGGACUGAGUAUUGGUGGAGCCUUCAGAUGGGCAAAUCCAUACUUAUGAAUUGGCUAAAUCAAUUCAUUGUUGUUGUUACUCUUGCACUUAUUUGAUGGUUGACUGAAAUUUCACUACCUAUUGUCUUUUCUAAUGUACCAAAUAACAUGUCUGAAUGCUGGUUCUUCCUGUCGAAGCAUUUGGAAAGGGUUCUGCAGUGGCUAUUGUAGGUGUUGGAAGUGAAGUGGUUUAAAUAAACACUGAUCAUAUUAUUGCAA